UCAUUCCCUAAUACACACGUCCCAUUCGACUUGCGCUCAACCACUCAAACUGUCGUCAAGAAGUGCAUUAAUCGCUCGACAUCUCUCCGCACCCUCUGAGAUGUCUUACACCGUGAGGAAAAUCGGACAGCCCAACACUUUGGAGCACAGGGUGUAUAUCGAGCAAGACGGUGUUCCAAUUUCGCCAUUCCAUGAUAUCCCUCUCUAUGCAAAUGAGCAGAAGACCAUACUCAACAUGAUUGUCGAGAUCCCUCGCUGGACCAACGGAAAGCUUGAGAUUUCCAAGGAGGAGCUUCUCAACCCGAUCAAGCAAGAUGUCAAGAAGGGAAAGAUAAGAUUUGUUCGCAACUGCUUCCCACACAAGGGAUACCUUUGGAAUUACGGUGCUUUCCCUCAGACUUGGGAGGACCCCAAUGUCAUCCAUCCCGAGACCAAGGCCAAAGGUGACAACGACCCGCUGGAUGUCUGUGAGAUUGGCGAGACUGUAGGUUACACUGGCCAGAUUAAGCAGGUCAAGGUAUUGGGUGUUAUGGCUCUUUUGGACGAAGAGGAGACCGAUUGGAAGGUUAUUGUCAUUGAUGUCAAUGAUCCUUUGGUCCCUAAACUCAAUGAUAUUGAGGAUGUCGAGCGCCAUCUUCCUGGUCUCUUGAGGGCCACCAACGAGUGGUUCCGUAUCUACAAGAUCCCGGAUGGAAAACCCGAGAACCAAUUUGCAUUCUCUGGUGAGUGCAAGAACAAGAAAUAUGCUACCGACGUCAUCCGCGAAUGCAGUGAGGCAUGGGAAAAACUCAUUACUGGCCAAAGUGACUCAAACACAAUUUCUCUUACCAAUUUGACUGUUGCCAGGUCCCCCAGCCGUGUUGACCCAGGUCAAAUCCCUCCCGUCCCCCAUGGAGACAAUCUGCCCCCUGCCCCUAUUGAUCCUAGUAUCGAUAAGUGGUUCUUCAUCUCUGGUGCUGCUAUGUAGAAUUGUUUUCAGUAUUGGAUUGGAUUGAUGGACUGGCCUUAGAUAGAAACAUAGCAACAAUACAUACUGAACUAAGCCAUACCUAUGUCUAAGGUUAUACAUGGCAUAAUAACUUUUGAA